GUAACCUCUAUUCGCUAAAUGCGGCAACCUGCCCGGCCCUCGUGCGCCUCCUGGGUGCCCUCAGCUACCUGCCUCCGGUCACUAUCCUACACCCGGCUGUGCUGGUGCCAGGGCCCUGGUGCUUUGCAUUUCCGCUCUGGGGCAAUCCAGUCUUGCCGUGUGCGGCGGGGCUUGCGGCGGGUGGCUUGGAACGUGACUUCCCGGCUCUCAUGGCGCUGCCGGGUAUGCUCACGCUCGGCACGGCAGUGCGGUGCUGGGAGGCGCUGGCCGCGGUGCGCCAGUUAGUGGCUUCCAAGCCGGCUGGUGCGCUCGGGCCACGCCUCGCACGUCGCUGCACUAUACAGUACAAGCGGUCCGUCCUGCGCACCAUCCUGCGCAUUACGGAUCUGGCUCGCGUGCCGCCGGAGCUGCAGUCCGGCCCGGAUGCUGCUGGCCCGUGUACCGGCGGCGUGGAGGGUGGCGGCGUCGGCCACACUGCAUGCGCCUGGCGGCGCGGCCUCCGCAACUCCUGCACCCCAGGUAUGGCUGCUGCUUGCGCAGAGCCUGGGGUGGCGGCAUGGCGCGGCUGACGUGCCAUUGCUGACCCUCACGGUGAAGCAGGCAACCCAGCUUCAACUCACGCCUGCGUACGACGCACUCCGCGUGCGUCACUUGGCCUGCAUCUAAGAGGCCUACAGCGGCGCCGCGCCGCCGGCGGAAGCGAUUCAUGCGCUGCGGGCGGCCCUGGCGCGGCUGUGGGCUUUGGUGUGGGAGCCGUGACACAAGGAACCGCUCUGGCGCCUGGCAGUCAAUGGAUUCACGGGCUUUGGGAUGCUUGCGGUGUGGGCCGCGGAUGGACGCGUAGAGAAAUGCCCGUGUGGGACUCAGAUGACUGCUGGGGCUAGGGCUCAUCACUUCUGGGACUGUGUGGUGGCGGAGGCUCUGCGUGAUGUGAUGCGGGAACAUGCGAAUGUGGACAUCACACGGAACCAGUUGUGGUAGUACAGGCGCCACCAGGGCUAUCGCAGGCGGUGUGGGACAUCGUGUGCUUGGCUGCUGUGGCGGCCCUGGAAUACGGCCGACAGCGCCUUUACGCUUGCCGUGAUGCUGCAGACCGGACUGCGGAGGUUGCUAUUGUGCGAAGGAUCGGUGUGGAGGUGAUUGCGGACUUCUGGUCACGGCUAGCUGCGUUUGUGAAUUUGCGUCGGCCUCCGCGCCGCUGGGACCUUGUCCUGAACCAGCACCCAUUCCUAGCGUCAGGUGAUGUUGGAGGGUUAUCUUUGUAGGGCCAGCAGCGGACGGACUCGCCACCCGGCCUCACCCUAGCUUGUCAGCUUAGGGACUCGCAAGAGGUAGUCUUAUGACGCCGACCCACGGCUUAGGUGAGCAGCGCUAGCGUUUGCGGUGAGCCGGGCCUGGGGUUCCUCUCCUCUCCGGAGGCGAGGAGCAUGGGGGUCAUUCCUCGGGUGAGCGUGCGUGUCUCAUACGUUUUGGGGCCCUGCCUUAGUCCACGGCUGUCGUCCCACAUGUAACCUCUAUCAGCUAAAUAUCUUGGUCCCGGUGAUGCUGUUUUUGCCUUUCUAAUCAGCCAUGGUGACAGGUGGCGGGUCCAGCACGUUCGCAAGCGGGCGUGCAGCUUGGGCACGGAAUGCGCCGGGCAGGGGCGGGGGGGCGGGGGAAGCGAGCAUUAAUUAUGCAGCAUAAAUUUGAUGCUUUUGAGCCCUGAACCUUUGAGGCCGUGAAAAGCUAUAGGCAACGUCUUCAGGCGGCAAGUUGCCGCCGGCAACAACGCGGUUCUGGCCAGGGAAGGUGACGAAGGAGGUGACAGGGGAGGUGUGCCACGGGGGUGAGUGGUUGGGGUCCGAACGUGUCCGACAAAGGCGACCGGCGACCAGCGACGAAGCGGUUGUCGGCGGGUCAUAUAACCGUAGCCGUGAUGUCGCCCCGUCAAUUGCUAAGUGAUCAUGUUGUUAUGCACUAAUUUGCCAUCGAUAUGUAGGGGCCAGCGCAACUGUCCCUUAUUCAUGUCGUUGAUCAGCCCCCUUCUGCUUGCGUUCUUCACUGUAGAAAUCCUUAUGUAUAUCAUAAAGUGCAACGUGACUAUUUUGCAGGGCUAUCGUGUGCCCAUGCAGCGCUUGCAAAGCGCUUGCUCCGCGAGCGAGCUGGCGCUGCCGCGUUGAUGUAGUAUGCCUUUCAUGUUAUCAUGCAUGUAUUGCUGUAUGUGAUCUGGGCAAAACCGCAGAAAUUAGGGACCCCAUCUUGCACCUUUUCUCCCGGCCACAACCAGAUUUCACUGCCCUCGUCAAUGUAUUUGGGGCUUUGAUGAUGCAAUCAUCCCGGCGCAGUAGCUCUGCCGGGUAACGACUCGGUAUUCAGACAUCCCGUCUCGCGCCUUUUUUUCUGCGCGCAUUUUUGCGGAAUGUUGUUAGCCAUGAAUCUGGGGGAUGCGUAUAGCUACCUAGAAAUC